UGAAUGAGCAACUCUACCUAAUGAGACCAUCUUUUGAUAUCAUAAAUAGCACACACAAAAAUCAUAACUGAGUCUGAUUUGCCGCAGCAAUAGAUUUGACUCCAUGAAAUACUAGAGUACAAACAUAUAAAACUUUUGGGGCUAUUUUGGAAAUUAAACUAAAAUAGAUAUACCAAAAGAUAAAUUAGUAACAGUUUCCAGCAUCUAUCGCCAAGUCUCUCUCACCCUUAGGGUUUUUUUUUUUUGCUGAAACGGACAUCGAGAUUCCAGGAGUGAACUUGACAAUCGGAGAGAAAUGGGGUCGACUGGAAGAGAUCAGACGACUCAUCAUCAUCAUCAUCCGCCUCAAAUCAGCAGUCUCGUCGUACGCCCAUCCGGAAGCAACGACGGCGAAGACGGCCGUAACGCCGCCGCCGGAGACUAUGAACUCGGAGAAGUCUCCCGUGACCGUCCCUCAUUUGCUCGCUCGGAUCGGUAUAAAGGUGGCAGCGGACAUAGAACUCGUGCAAGUUCUAGCUCACCAGGCCGUCGUGGAUAUGAAGAUCACCGGCAUGGCUCUGAUCUUAAUCAUUCAGGCAUUCAGUCUCGUGGUCGUGAGUUCAGCAGCAGAAGGGAAGCAUCUGGGAGACACAGAGACUAUUCACCACCUUAUGCUAGAGGUGGAACUGGUGCUCGUCCUUAUGGAGGAGGUUUUGAUGGACCUGAACCUGCGCAUGGAAGCGAGGGCAUGAGCAGAUACAAUAACCCGAAGGUGCAGCCAAGAGAUGGAGAUUGGUACUGUCUCGAUCCAUUAUGCAGAAACUUGAACUUUGCGAGACGCGAGUCCUGCAACAAAUGCAAGAGGCAUCGUUAUGCAGCGGCUAACAUUUCUCCACCGCCUCGUCUUGUUCCUCCUCCCAUGGAUUUCUCCCCAAGAAGAGACUUUAAUGGCUACAGAUCUCCUCCACGUGGCUGGCCCAGAGACUACCCGCCACCAAGACUUGACCAUCCCACAUGGAGAGAUAGAGACAGAGAACGAGAACGUCUACAUUACCCAGACCAUAAUUACCCUCCUAGCAGAAGAAUAGCAUCUGACUGGUCCCAUACUGAGCCACUCCCAAAACCUCAUUACGACAGACGACCACCUCUCAGUCCACCUCCUCCAUCUCGUGGUGGCAGAUGGGGUAGACUCACAAGAGAGAGGAGUAGAUCACCGCCACUGAGAGAUGGCCCACCGCCGCCAUUGAGAGAUGGUCCACCUCCACCAUUGAGAGGAGCCGGUCCACCACCGCACAGGGAUUACCGCCGUGAUAGUUACUUGGACAGAGGAGGACGAGAUGAUCGACGUGGCGGCAGAGACAGAAUGGGUAACUCUUACUGAUGCAAAAAAAAAACCUGUGUAUGUCUUGAGAAUUUGGUUUAAACAGUUACAAAAUUUUCGCGGAAAAUCAAAUAUGACCUUUUGUAAUACACACCUUAGAUUCUUUGUUAUAAUUUUGAAAGGUUU